AUGCGGCUCAGGGCGAGGUCAUCGACGAGUGCGUCGACCGCGGCGGGGUCGUACGCGUCCGAACCAAGGCGGCCGAAGGCGUGCGCUGAAGUGGAGCGUCUUGCGCACGGUGAGGAGCGGGAAGAGUUCGUCGCGCUGGGUGACGUAGCCGCAAAGGCGGCGCAGGGCCGCGGUGUCGACAGGGGAGCCAUUGACACGGAGGACAGUAGGAGGGGUGGAGCUCGGCUUGAGACGGCCGGAGAGGAUCUCGAGCAGCAUGGACUUGCUGUCUUCGCUGGGCCCGACGAUGGCGACCAGGAGCAGCUCACCGGGGCGGGCGUGGCAGAUGACGUUGCGGAGAACGAGGCGGCACCGGCUGCUUCCGCUCACUGGCGGAGGGGCAUGUGCAGCAGGGCCGCCGGCGGCAUCAACGAGAAAACGUGA